AUGGAUUUGGUCUCACCACCAAACCACAUUCUUGUUCUCUCGUCUCAGCAGUUUGGAUCUGAAGCUUGUUAUCCUACCGAGAGAGUCUUCGACCUCUUAUCCUUUGGCUGCCUGGCUCUAGCGAACUUGGCCCUACAUGAUUGCUUAGGUUUCGAGGAAUUCCAUCUCGCAAGUGAUUCGGUCAAGUGGUUGACCAUCUCGACCAGCAGAAUAUUGCUUAAAGGAGCUACAAUUUGUGCCUCCAACAUUCUCGUUUUUAAGUUCAUUGCCCUUAUUCCCGCGGUGCCCGACACAUUCUCUUUCACGACCACUACUUCCAAGGAGUGGGACUCACAUGUAAUCCUCUCUUGGGGUAAGGAACAUCCUGAUUUCGAUGUCAAUGCGAGGUUCCUUAAGCUGAGACGAAUGCUCAAGGCACUAAGUGGGUCUCGAAUUUCUCUCAGUUUGCAGAUGAACGCCGGCCCUCUGAAUAAUGAUGUCGACUGCAAUCAUCAUCUUCUCGAAAGUGACCAUCCGCCUGUGAUGGUGGAGAACUUGGAGUUAAGUACACGUCAUUGUCGCACGGCAUCUUGGUACUCGGGCUUUACGAAUGGUUUGUUUCGUGUUUGUCGACCGAUGCAUAUAUGGGGUUGUAGGCUCGUGAGGCAGUCGGACAUUAACGAGCACAGGCUCUCAGAGCUUCAGUUCAGCAUCUUGCUUGCAAACGAGAGCUUCGAGAGCGUGCCCUACUUUUGGCGGCACGAUCUGGAGCAAGUGCACGUGGGAACCGUCGAUGGGAAUAUAUGGCAGCUCGUGCAGUGGACGGACCUUUCGAAAUUGCGAACCAGGAGGUAUGGCGGGAUAAUGUGCCUUAAGUUGAAAUGGAGAGGUCAGAAGACGGCAUAA